CAGAGAGUGUGUUUCUCGCUCAGAUUGCGUUGCUCUCCUCCCUUUCAGCGGUUUCUGCCACGAGGGCCCCACGGCUACGGACUCACACUGUCGCUCAUCACCCGCUCGUCCGUCGCCCGCUGCACCAACCGGGCGCCGGACGGUCACGAUUCACCACUCCCCGAGUCCCCCGCCUGGCCCGGUCUCGGACGCACCGACGUCUGGGUGCGCGAGGUACGAGUGCACUCGGUGGCGCCCGGCUCGCCCGCCUAUGCCGCCCAUCUGCCCGUCGGGGCGCUGGUCGUCUCGAUGAACGGACAGGCGCUUCUGCCGCCUUCGACUCCGUCCGCCGACCGACCACCUUCGCUCAGCCUGGCCGACCUGCAGCUGCGCAUUCAACGCCUCCUUGAGACGCCCGCCCAAUCACCUCCGCCCGCUGGGUCCCGGGCCGAGGGGCGGCAGGACGGAGUCCUCCUCGGACUCGUACUGCUGCCCAGCGGGAACAGCGCGUCCUGCUCCACCGAACCUGUUCCCUUUGGUGGGUACCUUUGCCUCGUCCCUCCUCCAUUUUCCUCUCCUUUCUUCACACACAGACACAGACACACACACACACACAAGUGGAUGCUCUAUUCACAAAGAAAGAACGUCUAUGAUUGCAGUAAAGGUCGUGGUACAGUGCUCCGAGACCUAAUCCACAUUUUUACUAACAUCCGGUCCAAGACGAUCCUCGCUCCGCCUCCGGUGAAGCCGGUGUGUGUAAUGGAGUUGGGUUGUGAAGAAGCUGCUGAAAAACUCGCAUUGUUGGCUGCUUCGUUUGCUUUGAACAGACGAGUGGCCUGA